UCUUCUUGUUUCUUGUAUUUGUGUUUAUGUUCAGGAAAGGUAUAUAACAACACUUUUCAGGAGGCUUAUUCAGGCGUUCACAAGCUGGCGUUCAGCCCUAGAUUCGGUCUGUGUAUCGUUUCGGCUGAGGGGCCAUAGAGACACUCUUUCCCUCUCUCCAGAGGGGAAAUACUUGUAUCCCCCGUCGACUUCUCGAGGGUUUUAAGUAGUCUAUUUUCAUGCCACCGAGCCAUCGAAGAUUGAAUGAGAGACGGAUCUGAUCGGUGGUUUUGUCUCUGGCCAUGGCUCAACCGCUGAGCACAGCUAUUGAUACAGCAUUUAAGAGCAAUAUUGUACCUGAUCAGGAGUACCUUCUGCAAGGAAGCAUCUUAGACACGUCUGUUGAACACCUUCUGCACAGAUUACGAGGACUGUGCGACAAUGUUGAUUCUGGUCCUGAACAAUUCCAAGAUCACGAAAUGUGUUUUACUAUCCGUACCACACCAACACCACUGAGUUUACGUGUCCGUCGAGCCUUGGACCACACGGACAUGCCAUGGCAGUUAAGAUACAUUGGUCAACCAGAAUAUGGUGAUGCUAAGAGACCCACUAUCAUACGCAGUAGCAUAGACAUUGGAUGUAGUGCUUCUGUGGUAGAAUUCUUAACAGAAUUAGGGUGCCGAAUGGACUUUGAAUACUUAGCCAGGGGCUACAUGUUUCGGAAAGGACGGAUGAAAAUAACAGUUGCCAAGAUUGUUAAAACAAAUCCAAAUAAAUCCCAGGACAGUAUGCAGCUAAUCUCAGAAUCCUACUUAGUUGAGUUAAGUGUCCUUGCUCCAAGAGGACAGGAUGCUAUUGCUGAAGACAUGAGAAGCUUUGCAGAACAAUUAAGGCCAUUGGUAAACCUUGACAAGGUUGAUUACAAAAGAUUAGCCCAUGGCCCUCCCUAAGUUUUUGUUCUUUUUUUCAAAUUGCAUUUGAGGUACUUUUAAGUCUCACUAUCUUCUGAUUUGCUGGCUUUUAAUUUCUCUUUUGUUUUUCCGUGUGUCAGCCUUUUUGGGUUUGUCUACCAAGUAUGUAAGACAAAUAAAGCAUAAUUAUAAAAUUCA